GACAUCAUUUAGUUAACGGACAACAUGGAUGCAUUAAAUGUGGAAAAAGUACGGCUACCCUCAAAUUUGUUUUAAAAUAAAAGUUUAAAUCAGUUAAUUGGGAUUAGCAUGUUUGAAAAGUCUAUUUUUCAUAAACGAGUAUAAACAGAACGUGGAGACACUUUGUGGCAGUUUAUCAUGGCAUUGUCAGAAAGUGGGGUUUUGAGUGGUGCUAUUAACUGUACACAUCCUGGAAAAGAAGAGGAGUCGAAAGACCAAGCGAACACCCCCACUGCCAGGGUUUUAACUCUGGAGGAGCAGGAAAGACUGAACGGUGAGCGGGCUCUGGUGUCUGACUUCAAACUGAUGAAGUUGGAGAAAGAAGCGCAGAAAAACUGGGACUUGUUUUACAAAAGAAACACAACUAAUUUCUUCAAGGAUAGACACUGGACCACCAGGGAAUUUGAAGAGCUCAAGGCAUGCCGAGAGUUUGAGUCCCAGAAGUUGGUGCUGCUGGAGGCAGGCUGUGGUGUUGGAAACUGCAUCUUCCCUCUGCUCGAGGAUGACCUCAACAUCUUUGUUUAUGCCUGUGACUUCUCACCACGAGCUGUUGAAUUUGUCAGACAAAACCCUCUGUACUGCCCCGACCGCUGUUGUGCCUUCCAGUGUGAUUUAACUAAAGAUGACCUGAUGGAAAAUGUGCCAGAAAGCAGCGUGGAUGUCAUCACACUCAUCUUUGUCCUGUCAGCUGUCCAUCCUGACAAAAUGAAGCUGGUUUUGGAGAACAUUAGCAGGGUGCUGAAGCCUGGGGGAUUUAUCCUCUUCAGGGAUUACGGACUUUAUGACCAUGCCAUGCUCCGAUUUAAACCCGUAAAUAAGCUGGGAGAGAACUUCUAUGUACGGCAAGAUGGAACUAGGUCCUACUUUUUCUCUAAAGAGUUCCUGGCUGAGCUGUUUGAGAAGACGGGCUUCAAGUGUGUUUCUAAUGACUAUGUUCUUAGAGAGACUGUCAACAAGAAGGAGGGACUUUGUGUACCCAGAGUGUUCCUGCAGAGCAAAUUUAUGAAACCAGAGAGCUGAACUUUGCGUUUGUCGUCUCACAGAUCUACAGAGGUUUGGCAAAACAUAGCACUGAAAUGUUAGAUAAAAACUGGACAGUAAAAGGUGAGGGAAAUAUGUGCCAAAACUUUACCAGAAUGGGCCAUUAAGGUAAUUUAGCAGUAUGUACUCCUGCUAUCUGCUGACCAAACCACCUGAGGAAGGCUCUCAGAAAAGCUCUGCUGCCAACAUCUAAAGGGAUUUGAUUAGAUUUUUUUCAGAGGAAAGAAAAGGCAUUAAACAUGGUUGUUUAAGCGUGAACAGUUUGAAGUCACUUUUCUUUUUUUAAACGUUCACAGUUUGUGAUACUGUUCUGAGAAACACUUUAAAUAUAAACCAGUAAUAGGAUUGCUAAUAGAAUUAUGACUUUCUUGCCCUUCAUUCCCCUAAUAUUGAGUUCAAGUCAUCAUUUAAAAAUUUAUUUUUUUUAAAUAAAUGUAUUUUAUUAUUUUCCCACAUAUACUGUGAGACGACAUGGUAAUCUGUGUUUUAUAAUUUCCCACUUUUUUAUGUGAAAUUUUAAAGUCUCUCAUUCUGUUUGAGGUUCACAUUUUAUGGGCCAUGAAUCCCUGUGGUGGAUGUAUGGAUAUUUCCACGUUUAAGAAUAAACAUGCUAAAUUUUGAGCCUUUUUUUUUUUAAACUAUC